CGCGAAUACGGUGUUUGUAGCAUGUGCUGUCGUAGAGCAUACUCUUCAUCCCCGCUCGAACGCACUUGGUUUGUAAAAGACAUUUCUCUUUCUCUGGUAUAUUGGCCAAGGGAUCUAGUGGCAGCGUAUUGACGGUGUAGAGAUAUAAACAGAGGGGCACUGCUAUGGCAGACUAUGACGACCUUGAGGACAAUCUGUACCGAAGGCUUUCACAAGGAAGAGUUGCACGACGGGACGAUUACGAGGACAGAGUGUCUGGUUAUGGGUUCGACGAUGGCUCUGGGAGAGGUGGCAGAAGAAGUCUGGAGAGGCAGCCAAGGGACUGGAGAGACGAUGACUUGGACGACAGGUCACCGAACCUGAGAGACAGGUCAUGGGACGCCAGGUCAAGGGACACGAGGUCAAGGGACGAUAGGGAUUGGGAUGAAGGAUUAGGAGACAGGAGAGAACCUGAUUAUGAUCGGAGGUCUGGGGAUAGAGAUCGGGAUCAGAGGUACAUGAGGAGGAGUGAUAGAGAUUUUGAUGACGGUUUUGGUGACCCAAUAGAUCAGGAUCUGAUGUCAGAUGAUCCUAGAGAUUGGGGUGAGAUGCACCAUGACGAGAUGUCCGUUGAUGACUUGGACUGGAAUAUUCAUCCUGUGAGAGAGGGAAGAGGACACUCUUUCAUCCCUGGGGAGGACGAUCUGGACACACAAGGGCGACGUGACAGAUCUAUGCGAGCAGGUAGACAUCAAGGACAUCAGGACCAACCAUGGGCGCCUGAAGAAGAGCCUGUACUUCCAUUUGGCAGUACGAUGGAGGAAUGGAACGAGUUGAAGUCGGACGUCCCCACCAAGACAAUCAUGCUCAGUGGUCUCCCAAGAAUAACAAGAGAGUCAGAUGUGUACCUUGUGCUCCAAGGCUUCCAUCAUGAAAUCAAGGAUCUGCAGAUAGAGACAAGUCAAACAGGCAAUCAUGAUGGGGUUGCCUUCAUCGACUUCUUUGAAGUAAAGCAGGCAGUUCAAUGGAUGGGGAAAAUCCAGACGGAAGGACAGGGAUCAGUCGAGAUCUUGAAGUGCGAGGUGAAGGCUGUGUACAGCUCACUAGUCCUCCAGUCCACGAAAACUGUGUUCACCUGGAGGAAAUGGGCCUCCACGGUGCCCACAGACACCCUCGUGGUUUGGAACAUCCCACCCAAUAUUGGAUUCAAAGCUAUUCGUGAUGAGAUUACACUGUUGGGAGUUCGACCAAUUAAAGUAAUGGUAAUGAAGUGUAAUGAUACUGGUAAAAGCAGAGAAUAUGGCAUUAUUGGAUUUCAAAGCGUUGCUGAAGCAUAUAAAUUUAUGGAUAUUACAAAGGGUGUGAUUGAGCUGACAGAAAGAACAAUGCUGGCCAUGUACAGCUCUGGUGGUAAACAGGAUAAAAACUUCACUGCUCCUGCACACAGCAUCAAGACCGUCAACAAGAAAAGCACAGAGAACACACAGAUGCCGGGAGGAAUGGAAGGAGGUGGUGAAGGAAACGAUGGGGAGGGGGAUGAAGAAAAGGAUGGGAUUGACAGUGAAGGGGGUGGGAAGCUGAACACCAAGGGAACCACCUCCAAGACUCUGUAUGUUGCCAAUGUGCCCAGCGACGCCUCAUGGAAGAACAUUAAACUAGUGUUCCAGUUGGCUGGAGAGGUACUCAAGGUUCAAAAGAACGUGAACUCCAACUUUGCAAUUGUGAGGUUCAAGACAACAGAAGAGGCUGUACAAGCCAUUUCCAUGUUUGAUGGGCAAAAGUUGUUUGACUGCACGAUGAAAGUCAGCUUUUACACUUCUAAAGAACGAGCCCCUGUUGUCAAGGCACUUCCAACUGGUUCUAAAUCACAAGAUCCAGGUCUUGAUGCUUGUGAUGAGCCUUCGGACAACAUCCCACAGACAAGUACGUUAUCUAUGAUAACAGAAAACAUUACACAGAACGACCAACAGAGUCCAAAAAAUAGCAUGGACAUAGUUCUAAUAGGGACAAAGCGAUUCUUCUAUGAACCUUCAACGGAUAAGUACUACAAGAAAAAGUUGUUGAGAAAGUGUCCAGUUCCUACCUGUGGACUGAAGAAGCCUCAGAAUUGGAAGAACCUGUCCAAACACUGGUUAAUGGCGCACACGCCCACAAAGAGGAAGUACAGCUGCCCCAUCGAGGGAUGCAAGCAGACUUCACCUUUCAGUGUGACACAGCUCCGCUUGCAUCUCCCAGCUGAGCAUCAUGUCAGCAAACAAGAUGUGGACCAAAAAGUCCAAACAGCAAAAGUUCAUCUUGUACCAAAUGAGAAAUUCUGUGAUCCAGGAAAUAUUGUCCUGCCACGUCCCACUCAGGCCAAGGGACCACAAAUUAAAAUCCCGCAGACCCAAUGCCCAGUGGAAAACUGUCCUCACUCGUACACAACAAUGGCAAGCAUGCAGCAACACUGGUCCAACUACCAUCGUGCGUCGGUGAAGAUGUACUGCUGCAAUCUGUGUAACGACGUGAUGAAGGGCAAGUCCCUCAUACAGCAGCAUCUCGAGAAGAAGCACGCUGUGGACUUCCAUGACAGCCGCUGGAAGCUGGUGGAGUGGGAGAACCAGCAGUUCAUCGACCCAGGGGAUGUGAUCCCCUUCUGGAACCUCUACACCACCAAGGAGGACGAGAUGAGUCGGCAGCAGCUGGAGAAGGAGCUGGGCAAGGACUUUCCACUGGUGGACAUUCCAAUGCAGGAGUUGGAGAGGAGUGGCCCGGGCCUGUAUGACUUCUAUGAGUGGACAGAGAACUACAUGCACAGACUUCAGGUUGCUCAAAAAUAUGCCCUGGAGGAUCUUCAAAAACUUACACGCAGAGCUUUGGAAGAGAAUUAAAAUUCAUAUUCAAGGAAGAAUGUUCUGUGAGAGCUUCUUAACUUGAAGUAAUAUGGGUCUGUUUGUCCAUAGUUUGAGACAAGCCGAGUGCAGACGUAGUGCUGCCCAGACAACAAAGCAGAGUAUCAUCUCUCCAUUUGAUUCAGAUAAAUACUCUGGGCCCACUUGCACAAAGCAAUCUUACCACUACAACUAUUGUAAGCCUAUGUUAAAGUAUGGGAGUUACAAUCAUCUUAGCGCUAAGAUCGCUUUGUGCAAGUGGGCUCUGGACUCAUUCACCACCACAGCCUCAUUCUGGAAGUGGUGCCUCAGGAGUGGUGGCUAUUUAGCUUCGCCUAUUUCCAAUCGGACUCUAACUGAACUUGUGGCUAUUGGGUCCAGGGUAUUUAUCUGAAGAGAAUGGAAAGAUAUUACCCUGGAUAAAUGAGGAUGAUGCAAAGCAACAUUAAUGAUUUAUAUAGCUAAUGAAUGGAGUUAACAAGAUAUUACUGUAUGUCGUAUGUGCAUGUGGUUUGAGAUUGUCACUUUGCAUGGCAGACAUGUGAAAGGUCUAUAAUACAUGUUUACCCUGUUUAUCAUGUGUCUUUGAAAUAAAAAUAAAUAAUCUUAC